UAUGGUGAAAAUACAAGAUCAGCACUAAGGUUAAAGACGGAUAACAGAUAUUUUGUUAAUUCUAUAAUAGGACUUUUCUACAAAAACUUGCUACAGUUAUACACACUAAUGAGGGCUUUUCUGUAUCUGAUAAUACCAAUAUUGCUAAUUAAUCCUGUUGCAGGUGAACAAAAUGUUGGAGUUUAUUGGAAUGUAUCGACACCAGCAGUUUUUGGACAAAAUACUAAACUAACAUGUCAUUUAGAAGAGAUAUCUACAAAUCCUGAGGAAUGUCAAGUACGAAAGUGGUCAGGUGGUCCGCUUAACAUUGAAGGACUUAUUUACAAUGGACAUUCAUUUGACAAAAAAAAAUAUGAUGAAAAUAUAAAUCAUCAUAGCUUUCAGUUUUCACUAGUAAUUAAAGAUCUAGCAGAACCAGAUGUUAAUGCUAAUUAUACUUGUUCCUGUGACUUUAAGUCUUUCAGCAAGAAGUUGGUACUAGAUAAAGAUAGUUUUCACUAUCCUCCAAACGGGACUUACAUUAAGUUUUCUGCCAAAAGUGGUUUUCUGCAAGUUAUUUUACAUAUGACAAAAGUGUAUCCUAGCCCAAAGUGUUCAUUGACAGUUGGGAACAGUUUCAUUCCAGAAAAAGCUGAAAACUAUAGCCAAAAUGGGAUUGUUUACACCGUUGACUAUAUUGCAGAAUAUAAAAUUAGAAAAAAGGACUGUGAAAAGCUUCCAAUCAUAAUUUGUACAUUUGGGAAGGUGGCAGGACCAGUUAGAUUUGAAGGAAAUGAGACUAAUAAAUGUUUGAUCUACACAAAUGCAAGUAAAGCUGGAAACUCUAGUAAUGUAACUACACCAUAUGAUCAAAAUAUGAAGUCAUCAACCCAAAUAUCAGAAAUUGUAUUAGCUGUUUCAGCUGUAUUUAUAGGCAGUGUAGUAUUGGUAGUUUACUAUUUAGUAUACAAAACAAAACAGUACAGAAGAAAAAAAGACAUGGAAAGCGGUAUCACGGAAAAUGAGAUUUUCCUUUAAGUUCCUGAGUUCUGAAUUGAUAUUAGAUUAUUGCAAAGAACAACUGAUUUUGUAAUCAUGAUAAUGGAAGAUUGAUAUACAGUUUACAAAAUUUGUUGAUUGCUUGCUCUGCAAUUAUUGUGGUUUGAUACAUGAGUAGAUGUCUUAUGCUGGUUAACAAGAUUGUUACAUAAGUGGCAAAGACAAUUCCAUCAGCAAAACUGAAAGUCAACUGUGAAAUGUAAUUUAGAUCAUUAAGAAUAUUUUCAACAUCUAGUAUAUUUAAUUAAGAAGACAAAACAGUUGUUUCUUUAUAUUGCCUUUUUUCAGUGAUUAUACACUCUGUUGUGGUAGUUCUAGAACAAUUGUAUUUACAUCUGAUAUUUAGGUGGUUCAUUGCUGUUUGAAAUAUUUGGUAUUGUUUCAUUUACGGCAGAUCGAAUCCCUAUUUUGCCAUUAAUACCUAUGAUUUGAUAUCUAAGAAACGGAGGUAAAAAUAAUCAAGAAGACAAACAAGUGAUAGGACUGUGCCGAAAAGUUUUCAGUAGGCCACAAGGAAAUUGUAAUAUUGUGAUAUUUGAAAAAAAUAAAAAAUCUGUAGUAUUUUAAAUCAAUGAAAAACAAAAGGAUGUCGAAGUAAAACAUUAUCAAAUAGGAAUUCAAGUAUUAAUUGCUUAAUAUUUGCCAAAUUUUUGGAGCAGUCAUUGACAUAUUAUUCUUUUUGUAUGUGAUAGUUACAAUUAUAAUUGCUUUAUAUGAAAAACUUCAAUACAAGAUCCACAAUAAUGCCAAAAAUGAACAAAACUACUGGAUCACACCUCAUAGGAGUUAUUGCCCUUUACAGCCAAAUGUUUUACUCAUUUUCCUACUUUUUCUUAUUAUUUAGAAAACUAUAGUAGAUAUGUAGAACUUUUAUAAACAGCAAAAAUUAACACCAAAACAAGAUCUACAAUAGUCCCCUUACAACCAACAGCAUUGGAUAGUUUUUCUUUAUAAUGUAUUGCCCUAAAAUAAUGAAUAUUGAAACCAUCGGAAUAACUCCUUUUAUAUAAUGUAUGCCCUUAAAUAUGUUAAAUGACAAUUCCUGAAACUUGUUGAAGGGAACAGAUUGCAUUGAUGCGAUUAAAAUCCUAGUGGGACUGCCUUGAUAGUUUCUAGACCUUAUCUCUACAUUUAAGAGCAAACGAAAAAUAGUGUAAGACCACAAUAUUCUAUACAUCAUAUCCAUGUACGUUUGAAGAAAUUUAUCAGUAGAAUAUAUUGAAGUUACAAAAUGUUGUUUCUGUUUAUAAACAUAAGUUGUGCCUGGUGCUUGAAUCUAUAUGCUCUAGAAUGUAUA